AUGCGCCAUCAGAUCACUGAUGCACUUGCUUCCGCAUGCAUGCCUUUACGAAAGUGGAAAUCUAAUGAACCUAAUUUAAUCUCAGAACCCACUGAAUCAUGCUUAGAUUUCCACCAAGAAGGUGAUGCCAUUAAUAAAACAUUAGGAUUGAGUUGGCAGACGCACACUGAUGAUUUGUGUUUUCCUAUCAGUGUGUCUGAGCAAAAGGAAGCCACUAAGCGUAGCAUGCUAGCUGUUAUCGCACGUAUAUUUGAUCCUCUAGGGCUUCUAGCCCCGUGUGUCAUACGUAUGAAGAUGCUGCUUCAGAAACUUUGGCUUGAGGGUUUAAAGUGGGAUGACCCAUUACCUCCUGAAAUUAGAACUGCAUGGUUGGGUAUGAUCAAAGCAUUGCCUGUUCUUCAGAAUUUACGCAUUCCUCGUCGUGUAGUUUGUGAAUCAUACAAGCAGUUCGAAUUGCAUAUUUUUACCGACGCUUCAGAGCGAGCCUACGGCGCUUGUGUGUAUAUUCGCAGUAUUAAUAUUGAAGGUGACGUUGCUGUGCGAUUAUUAAUAGCAAAAAGUCGUGUCACUCCCAUUAAACCAGUGACUAUCCCACGACUUAAGCUUUGUGCGGCUGUGCUUGGUACACGUUUGUAUAAAAAUGUAACA